UCCGGUAGGCAUUCACAUGUUUUGAUGUUAGCGCGGGUGUUAGGCGUCGUACUCACGCCUUUUUCUAUGUAAUAUUAAUGAUAUAAGAUGACAAAAUCAAGAGGUUGUAGGAUUGAGCUGGGGGAUGUCACCCCUCACAACAUCAAUCAAUUAAAACGACUGAACCAGGUAGUUUUUCCAGUAAGUUACAACGACAAGUUUUACAAGGAUGUUCUGGAAGCAGGAGAGCUUGCGAAGCUAGCUUUUUAUAAUGACAUUGUGGUAGGAGCUGUGUGUUGUCGUAUCGACACCACUGAGAACACAAGACGACUGUACAUCAUGACACUCGGAUGUUUGGCACCCUACAGGAGAUUGGGAAUCGGGACGACUAUGGUACAACACGUGCUGAAUUAUGUGAAGAAGGAUGGAAACUUUGACAGCAUAUUUUUACAUGUGCAGGUGAACAACCAGUCUGCGAUUGAAUUCUACACGAAAUUUGGCUUCAAGAUUGUGGAGACAAAAGAGCACUACUACAAACGAAUAGAGCCAGCAGACGCACAUGUGUUACAAAAGACGCUACGGCCAACGAAGACAGCUCUGCAAAAUGGUGUAGCUACAGACAAGGAGCGGCCCUUGGACAAGGAGAGGUCCUAUUUCUUGAAUUGUUUUGGCAAACCAUGAAAAACUGCAGAGAGUGGAAUGUAAAUGCACAGUGGUGUUGCUCUUGAACCCUUCUGUGUGCCGCCAAACUGGAACUGUUUUUGAAAGUGCAACUACAGUGAGGACGAAGUGCCCAUGUUUUGUGGCCAUUUUGUAUGAACCGGUCGCACUGACGUCCCAAUGUGUGUGAAUAAACUAGCAUAGGAUGUUUUUA